AUGAAUAAUUCCACAGGUAAUGAAGAUUAUUCAACUUUACUACUUAUAAAUCGCAUAGUUUAUCGUGAUUAUUUCCUAUUUCUUAUAAUGGCUGGUACUUGUGGUAAUCUUUUAACAGCAGUAACACUUCUUCGAGCGAAAUUAAGAAAAUAUACAACAUGUCAAUUUAUGGCUGUUUGUGCUGUUUUAAAUACUGGAGUUUUAUUAACAAAUACAUUAAAUUUAACUUUUUCACUUGGUUAUGGUAUUCAUGUUCGUAGUUUAUAUGAUCUUGGUUGGUGUCGUUUAAAUGUUUUUAUUGCUCAAUGGAUACGUGGUUUAGCAUCAUGGUUUCUUGUUAUUGUUGCAUUUGAUCGUUUUAGACAAUCAAAAACAAUUCGACGUAUACCAGCAAGAAAAAAUCCUAUGCUUUUUUAUUCAAUAUUUAUUGCUGGUUUUAUAUUAUUAAUAUUAAAUGUACAUUAUCUUCUAUUUCUUGGACAACGAGUCUCAUUAGAUAACCAAGAAUCGUUUUUAGCAUGUAUAUUUCAUAAGAAUAGUUUUGAUCCUGUUCAACGAUUUUUUGCCAAAAUAAAUAUGUGGCAAGAACUAGUUACAAUUAUAAUCAUCCCAUGUAUAUUAACGUUAAUAUUAAAUAUUUUUAUAAUAAAAAAUUCUUUUCUAAAUCCAGUUAAUAAUGAACAAUUAAAAUCACGUUCAAAAAGUCGAACAAGACGUGUAACAACAAUGUUACUUGCAUCGAGUAUUGGUUUCUUAGCACUUGUUGCUCCUGCUCAAAUUUUUAAUGCUUUAUUAUUUGAUCCAGAUCGUCGGGAUCCGGCUGCAUAUAUAUCAUUUAUGAUCCGUGGAAAUAUUUUUCAAUGUUUUAUUAAUACAUAUUAUGGAGCAUCAUUUGUUUUUUGUUUUGCCUCAUCAUCUAUAUUUCGACGUGAAAUAAAAAAACUUCUACAUAGACAAUACAAAGCCAAACAUAUAUUGAAUCGUGCGAUUAGUGGACCAACAUCUUCACAUGAAGUUCGACCAUUUAUUCUACACGCACAAGUUAGCACAGCUAACUGUUCAAGCUGUAGUCGAAUUAAUGAGUAUGUACUUGAAAGAACAAAUUCCAAACGAGCAACUCAAUCUACAAGUGAAGGUCAAGAGCUACAUUAUCAACAAUAA